UCCAUUCCCAAGCAAACAGCCAAACACACGCGAAAAGAAGGAGUUCGAGUACAGGUUACAGAGAGGCAGAGAGCAAAGAUGUGUGGUGGUGCGAUCCUCGCCGAGCUCAUCCCGACCACGCCGGCGCGCCGCGGCGGCGCGGCGUGGCCCGCCGGCAAGUGCAAGCGGCGGAAGGCGAACGACUUCGAGGCCGCGUUCCGGGAGUUCGACGAGGACUCCGAGGAGGAGGAGGAGGACGAGGGGGUGGUGGAGAGCAAGCCCGCCUUCGUCGUCCGCGCCUCGUCCGCGGCGACGCAGCCCAGGGCGCGCCAGGAGCAGCGGAGCCGGCGCCGGGCGCCCGACCAGCAGCAGUACAGGGGCGUCCGGCGCCGCCCGUGGGGCAAGUGGGCCGCCGAGAUCCGCGACCCCGUCAAGGGCGUCCGCGUCUGGCUCGGCACCUUCCCCUCCGCCGAGGCCGCCGCGCGCGCCUACGACCACGCCGCGCGCGGCAUCCGCGGGCCCAGGGCCAAGCUCAACUUCCCCUCCUCCUCCUCCUCCGCCGCCGGGGCCCCCGCCAGCCGCAAGCGCGCCCGCACCGCCGACGCCGACGCCGUCAUCGACCUCGAGGAACAAGAGCAGCGCCCGGCCGCGGCGGCCCUGAAGCACGAGGCCGCCGAGUGCUCCGGAUCCGACGCGCUCCCGGACUUCUCGUGGCAGGGCGUGUCGGCGGCCUACGACGAGCCCCCCGCGCCGCGCCCGGCCUUCGACUUCGAGGCGCGGCCGGAGAGCGCCGCGGACGAGGCGUCGCCCCGGGCCUCCGACUCCGAGUCGGACGCGCUGUUCGACUCGCUCCUCUUCGGCGACCAGUUCGCCUUCUUCGACGCCGGCGCGUACGAGUCGCUGGACAGCCUGUUCAGCGCCGACGCCGUGCAGAGCAACGCCGCCGCCGCGGCGGACCAGGACAUGCCGCUGUGGAGCUUCGACGACGGCUGCCUCGUCGAGGACAACCUCUCGUUUUAAGCUUCGGCGACUGUUGUUGUGUCUUGAGUUUUGUAAAUUACGACCUGUUUUUUUUUUGGAGUUUCUGCUCAUGUAUAUCUGUAUCGAUGGUGAGCUGAAUGAAAUCAUCCUUCUCAGGAAGUAAAACAAA